UUUUACGACGCAACGACGUGAUGACGUCAGGCACCCGGAAAAGACGUUCAGUGUUUUCACAACUCAAUUCUGCUCAACCAGCCAAGAUAAAACCUUAUAAAAUCCCUCAAACGGAGAGAACAGACCCUUCGAGGCUGAAGCUGCUUUUUCCUGGUGGUUUCGUCUUCACGGUUGUCGUGCGUCAGCGUCGCCAUCAUGAACGUGACGCUCGCAGUGAAGCAGUACAUCUCGAAAAUGAUCGAGAGCAGCGGGCCCGGGAUGAAGGUGCUGCUCAUGGAUAAAGAGACGACCAGUAUAGUCAGCGUGGUGUACACCCAGUCCGAGAUCCUGCAGAAGGAGGUGUACUUGUUCGAGCGGAUCGACUCUCAGAACAGAGACAGCAUGAAGCACCUGAAGGCCAUUUGCUUCCUCCGUCCCACUAAGGAGAACGUUCAGCAUCUAAUCCAGGAACUGAGGAGACCGAAAUACAGCGUCUAUUUCAUCUAUUUUAGUAACGUGAUCAGUAAGAGUGAGAUCAAAACUCUGGCUGAGGCGGAUGAACAGGAGGUGGUAGCUGAAGUUCAGGAGUUUUAUGGAGAUUUCAUCGCAGUGAAUCCUCACCUGUUCUCCCUCAACCUGCAGGGAGUCGCUAGAGGGCGGAGCUGGGAACCCUCCAUGCUGACUCGCUGCACUCAGGGUCUGACCUCCGUUCUUCUGGCUCUGAAGAAGUGUCCGAUGAUCCGCUACCAGCUGUCCUCGGACAUGUCCAAGCGGCUCGCUGAAAGCGUCAAGCAAAUCAUCACCAAAGAAUACGAGCUUUUUGACUUCAGGAAGACGGAAGUUCCUCCUCUGCUUCUGAUCCUGGACCGCAGCGAUGACGCCAUCACGCCGCUCCUUAACCAGUGGACGUAUCAGGCGAUGGUCCACGAGCUUCUGGGUCUGAACAAUAACCGGAUCGACCUGUCCAGAGUUCCAGGGAUCAGCAAAGACCUGAAGGAGGUGGUGCUGUCGGCGGAGAACGACGAGUUCUACGCCAACAACUUGUACCUGAACUUUGGGGAGAUCGGCACGAACAUCAAGAACCUGAUGGAGGAUUUCCAGAAGAAGAAACCCAAAGGACAGGAGAAGCUGGAGUCCAUCGCUGACAUGAAGGCUUUCGUCGAUAACUACCCCCAGUUCAAGAAGAUGUCCGGAACCGUGUCCAAACACGUGACGGUGGUCGGGGAGCUGUCCCGGCUGGUGUCGGAGCGGAAGCUGAUGGAGGUGUCGGAGGUGGAGCAGGAGCUGGCGUGUCAGAACGACCACUCCAAUGCUCAGCAGGCCGUCCGGAGGCUGUUGCAGAACCCUCGCGUGUCGGAGCUGGACGCCGUUCGCCUCGUCAUGCUCUAUGCUUUAAGAUACGAGCGCCACAGCAGCAGCAUCCUCCCGUCCCUGAUGGACGAGCUGAACAGGAGGGGCGUGUCUGAGCGACACCGAAGGAUGGUGCAGGCUGUGGUGGAGUACGGCGGCAAGAGAAUCAGAGGAAGUGACCUCAUCACGCCGACAGACGCUGUCGCCAUCACCAAACAAUUUUUUAAAGGACUAAAGGGGGUUGAGAACGUCUACACUCAGCAUCAGCCUCUUCUCCAUGACACCCUGGAUCAGCUGAUCAAAGGUCGACUCAAAGACAGUCAGUUCCCUUACCUGGGAGCCAGCAGCCUCAGAGACAGGCCUCAAGACAUCAUGGUGUUCGUGAUCGGUGGAGCCACGUACGAAGAAGCUCAGACCGUUUACAACCUGAACCGCAACACUCCCGGCGUCCGCAUCGUGCUGGGAGGAAGCACCAUCCAAAACACUAAGAGCUUUCUGGAGGAAGUGAUGUUGGCGACGGGUCAAAGCAGCAGCAGCAGCAGCGGCGAGAGGUCACAGGGGACCGGUCGCCAUAGCAACAGGCGCUAAACAGAGCCCCGCUUUCUCUGCAUCUCUGUCCGACGUUGGAUGCUCGGCGCCGCUCCCUCCGCCUGCCUUUACGUUUGUGUGUCUGUCUGUGUGACCGGUCGGGCGUUCCUGUCAGCCGCUGAUUCCAUGAUUAUUAACCGACUGGAAUAUUUGAAACACCCGUCAAUAGAACAAAACUGGCUCCCGAACUGAAAAACCUGAUGGCACAAACUUAAUGAAGCCUGGAAUCGACGGUUGACUCGGCACAAUGUUGUUGUUUUUAGGUGGAAAGGGCUGCAACACUUUAUUAUUUCUAUUAAUUUAACUCGUUUUGUCAUCAUAAAGGUUACAGACGUGUUAAAGUCCAAGAAACCAAACAUUCCUCACAACAUUUGGUUAAAUCGGAUCCUCUGCGAAAGGUUUUCUGGAGUUUGUGACUCGUGUUUUUGACCCGUUGAUUCAACAGUCUGUGACGUUUGUUGUUUGUUUUGGAUCUGUAGGUUUGUGUAAGUGAAUGAAUGUCAAAUAAUUAUUAAAAAGAAAACAAGAAAAAA